UACAUAUAUUUGCCCACCCCGCCGCGAGCAUUUCACUUCCAACAGACACUAUCACUUAUCACUUUGUUUCAGGUGGAAUUUCGCGUGAUCAAUGCACCAUGACUUCAAGAAAACGGAAAACGAUGUUACUCGGUUCACACCUCUUCAAACACUGUUCGAACGAGGGUGUUCGAUGCAUACAUCCAAGGAACUGGCUACUUUUACCUCUACUCCUAUGGAGAUUCCUUGAGAGCUCUGCAACUACUGACUACAACUAACAGAGAAGCCUCGUUGGAGGGUCCCUGGUGCUACUGCUACGGUUACUGUUCUAGAGAGAAAAUAUAAAUUUUGACGAGACUUGUUGUGGUAUGAUUUGUCUGUCCUUCGUCCUGAGUCUUGCUGCCAGUUUUGUUGUGCCUCACCCUCCAACCGCCUUCUCUCUCUCUUCCCAAAAAUCAGCUCCACGUAGCAUCUGGUAACUUCCCCGAGCGUUCUUUGCAAGUCAAGUGCUGCUUCCGGUAACCACCUCGACACGUCAUCAUGUCACUUGACCAUUGGACGGUCACCGUACACAAAACAAGUUGGAUGAUAUCCAUGUUGACUAAGACAACAGUCCAUAGAUGGUACGCAUAUUAAAUGGUCACCACACCCUAGCAUCAUCCAUUAGGGUUUGGACGGUAUCCAUUACAUUGGACACUACCAUCCAUUAUGGAUUCUGGAUGGUAUCCAUGUAUUUGGACACUACCAUCCAUUAUGGAUUUUGGAUGGUAUCCAUGUAUUUGGACACUACCGUCCAUUAUGGAUUUUGGAUGGUAUCCAUGUAUUUGGACACUACCGUCCAUUAUGGAUUUUGGAUGGUAUCCAUGUAUUUGGACACUACCAUCCAUUAUUCCUAUGGCCUGACUUGAUAAAUUGGGCCAUUCAUGUACACAUGGACCAACUACUUAAAUUGGCCAAGCUGUUCACACGAGCAAUAAUUAAUGAAAAUUAUUUUGGUGUUAAACACACUUUCAUAUAUUUUUGAAACAAAAAUAAAUCAAUAUAUAUCGAAAACUGAUUUCAUUUUGUAGAUCACAACAAACUCAUUCCAUUUUAGAAAAUAUAUUAAUACAAAAAGUGUAUAAUAAUAGAAGUUAAUCCACCCUACCUAGAUUUGCCAAGCCAGCGAGGAUUUCAAUUCCAACAGACACUAUCACUCGAUAAACUCUAUCACCUUAGUUGCGCAACGAAUCAGUAAUUUGCUCUUCAAACGCCGAAUUCAACCCCCGUAAUCUUCCACCACUGCCGGCCAGCAGUCCCCAGUGACAUGCGAUGGACCGCCCACGUAAUCUUCUGAGCUCCGGCUUCCAUUAUUGCCGGCCGUGGCAAUCAAAUUUCAUGUCUUCCUCAGAUUUGACAAGCUGGCCACUAUAUAAAAGGAGACCAAAGGAAGGACACCUAAAACACACAGCCUAAAACAAAGGUACAAGAAAGAAAGGAAAAAAAUAGUAGCAACUAUCAUUAAGUGCAAGAACGGCCUACAGAUAUCAUGGGUUGCUCUUAUCUCAGUGCAUUACUAUUUCUCACAGAAACAAUAAUGGUCGUUGGAAUGGCGCCUGCGGCUGUGGGCUACACGAGCUGCGGCGGCGUCGCCCCGAGAAACGACAGCUACCCGUCUAAUGUGGAGAUGGUACUGUCGCUGUUGGCGACAGCUACGCCGACCAGCUCGGGGAUGCUUUACAGGGCAUGGUAUCCAGAUUACAAACCCGGUUACCCCGCGGGAACGGCGUCGUGUUACAAGUACAACGCGGAAGCCUGCAAAACCUGUCUCCAGAAUGCUCACUCAGAGCUGAAACAGCAUUGCACGGUGGCUCAUACGACUGGCGCCUUCUUUGGAGCCAACUGCAACAUGGAGUACUGGCCAAUUCAUGAUAGUAACUGAUUUGUUGACAAACGAGGACGGCCCAACUCAUGAUUGUAAUUAUGAGUUGGGUUUGUGUUUUUUAGUUUAGUUUCUCCAUCUUCCAAGUCCUUUUAAUAAAACUUCUCGUCGUAGAAGGGAUUGUGUAAGAUCACCUAAUAAUUGGUAUCUAUCUAGCUUGAAGCACCAGGAACUUGUGAUUCAUGUCAAGAGUUGCGGUUUAGUACCAAUUGUUAGAGAUAGAUUAGGAAUAAUGUUAUAUUUUCUUAUCUUUUAGUAUAGUUCUUAAUGUUUCCGUGUCCUUCUAGUAUUGUUGUUCUCUUAUUUAUUGUCCAAGUCUUGUAAUCUAUAUAAACCCUUUUUGUGGUUUCAUAAUAAUACAAGCUACAAGUUACAAGUUACUCUUCGUAAAACUCCUAUAUAUACCAUAUAGGGUUUGACGAUUUAGGGUUGUGUAGCUAGGCUUUGGUGAUUUGGGCAGGGUUGGUGUGGCCUGUAGUUGGGCUCGGGCCUAAGUUAUUGCGGGAGAUGGACUGGCUAGAGAGAUGGGAUGGGUUGAAGUUGGGCUAUCCAAUUUUCUCGGUUUUAACCGAAUCAGAUCGGGAUGUGAACAUUGCAACCGCAAACUGGAUUGGGGUAAAUUGCAAUUCGAGUUCCAAUUACAACCGGGACAAUUUAAACUUGCCUGUUUCUAGUUUGACCCGUAAAAUCGGGACCGGAUUCCCAACCCAACUGGAUAGGGGUGUUCAAACGGUGUGGUUACAGUGGUAACCAUUUUAAACACUAGUAUUUGGCUAAUUUGGUUUGGUUAAUUUCGAUAAUUGGUUUGGUUUGGUUAAAAAAAUUAGCUUGUUUGGUUCAGGUGGUUUGGUUUGGUUUCAAGCACUCCUAACCAGUUUAACCAAAUCAACCAGUUAAGUAAUUAGCCAUAUAUCUAAUAUAUAUUAUAUACACAACUUAAUACUUUGCAUAACCACUCAAGAGUCAAAUGUAAGAUAAUUGUAUUUGUUACAUGUAUUUACGUUAAGGGUUGGCUACAAUUAUGUGGAUUGUUAUGUGUUGUUUAUUAUAUAAAUUGUGAAUUGAUGCACUAAUUGAAAAUUUUUCUCACUUAAUGAUAAUGUGGUGUUAUAUUGGUUAUUUUGGUUAACCAAUUAACAAAACCAAUAAACUUUAGUUUGGUUAAUUUGGUUGUUGUAUUAGUUUGGAUGGUUUGGUUAUGAUAUUGUAUUCCAUGGUUAAUAGAAUUUAGCAUUAUUUGGUUUGGUUAUCACAAUGGUGACCAUUUGAACACCCCUACAACUGGAGGAUCCCAAAAUCCAUUUAAAGGAUUUUUAACAAAUACAAUCAAAAUGAUAACUAUUUUAUUUUGUAAUUAUUAAAAUUUUAAACAAUGCACAAAUUACAUGAUUUCAUUAUCGCAUAGCUGACACCCAUCACUGUUCGUUAAAAAAAUAUGCUAUUUUUUCUCCACAGGUACUGUUUACAAUGGGGUUUUAUCCCAUGUACCCAAUUUUACCAUAAUCUCAUUUUUUCUCCUAUUCAGCAGUACUAUUCAUAUGAGUUUUAUUCACUACAACCAAUUCUACAAUAAAUCUAAAAAUCAUAUGAAAUUGUACGGUAAGUUAUUUCUCUACAUUCAACUUAACAUUAUACAAACAUUUCGUGGAUCGGUUAUUAAAUAUAUAAUUACUAAAUAAAAUUCCUUUAGUUUC